AGAAGGUGCUGAUUCCCUUGAGCCUCGUUCCCUGAAGUCCUUACAGGGCCAUGCUACUCGGAAUCUACAGCUUGUAUGAAAAUUGGUCAGAGAACGGGUACGGCUACUGAUUGGCAUACCCUCGCUUUGACAAUUGCCCGUGCUCUAUUGCGACCGGAGGGGCCACAUUACUACUACUUCCCAUCAUGGAAACCAGCAUCUCUGAGUUGGUUGAGAGGCUAGGAAGUGACGAAGAUGCGGUGCGCAAAAUGGCAGUUUUUAAACUCCAGGGGAGCAUUGGAGAUCCCUCGUUUGCCGAUAAUUUCAUCGCAGAAGGUGGACUCACUAGGUUACGCUACUUGACUCUGCAUGCAAGUGGUAACACCUUGGCAUAUAGCCUGACAAGCUUCGCCAGAAUACUAGAAGUUGACAAAGGCUGGGAUCUAGUAGACCAAGACAUGGUUGAAAGAGUUGUUGAACUCAUAGUGACUCACCCAUUGGUUAACAUCCUAAGGGGUGCAAUGUCUAUAUUAGUUUCCAUAGUGUCACAUCCUUACUCAGGUAAUCACUUAUCACAAGAUGGAAACUUUGGCUUUCGUGCAUUGAAGCCCGCAAUUGCCAUUUAUCCGCAGUUCCUGGAAAUGCUUGUCAAUAGACUUUCGUCUGCAGACCAUGCCCUUUGCGCAAAUGCACUUCAGUUGAUUAAUUCGCUCAUGCGCGACUCUAUCACGAAUGAGGCAGAUACGGAGUGGCCAAAGUUUAUUCAGAAGCUGCAAGAUCUCGGUGUGAUUAGAGCAGUCUACUCCCUCAUGCAAGGUACUGCACUGCAGGAUCACGUGCACCCAUUAAUCGAAUUUCAGUCUCUUACCAAAGUUCUUCUGAGGAAAUGGAGAGAGAUAUCCUUGGAUCUGGAGAGACCAGAGCACAGGAGAGCCUUGAAAGGGAUCUAUUUGGCUAGCUCACAUGAGCGGAGCCAAGAAAAGGGCAUCGAGAAUGGUGAUGAGAUAAAACAGUCUAAGAAACACAGUUCUGAGAAGUGGAGGCGUCUUGGUUUCGAGACGGAGAGUCCUUCGAUGCAGUUUGAGGAUACCGGGUUCUUGGGUAUGAUGGAUUUGGCAGACUAUGUCAGGAAUCAUCAAGAUGAGUUCCAAAAAAUGCUCCUGGAGCAGUCCACGAAGCCUCCUCAGCAGCGAUGUCCCAUUGCCCGAGCCUCACUGUCAGUCACUUCGAUCUUAUACCAGCAUUUUGAGGUGGACAAAUCGGAGAUGGACGAUUCCAAGGGCUAUCUUCUACUUGAAUCUCGCUCUAACCUUGACAAGUUGUUCGAGCCUCUGCUGUUGCAUUGGACCAGAUUGCAUGUAGCAGGAUUACAUGCUUUCUUUCGUCUAUGGAAGGCUACCGGAGCGGAAGUCGAAGACUACGGAAAGAUCGUUGAGCUUGUCCGAAUUCUGAUCGAGUCCGUUGUUGGUGGUGCACCUCGGACAAAGGAUGUGCAAGAAGUGGAAGAAGAGUUGACCAACUUCGAGUAUGGUCGGCUCCGCGAAUUGCAAAUGGAGUUGCUGGGGCUCACGUAUGAAGAUGCCUGGGGCCAACACCUGCAGCAGAUGCGCGAAGAAUUGUAUCACGAAGCACUUCAAUUUGUUAAAGAACAGAGAAUCCGCUGUCUGUUGCACGGCGCAUGGUUCCUCAACGAGGGCUCUGAUAGCUCAGAUGUGGGAACCGAGCAACGCUCGUGGAAAUAUGCUCAACUUUCGCACAACAGGAGGUUCUUACACUUUGGUGAUUUCAAUUCCAUUCUUGAGAGGUGUCCAGAGCUCGACACUUUACCCGAGAAGAUCGACCUCUCAUCGGUAUCUUCAGUGGUCUCUAAUGUCUCUGCUUCAUCCAACGAUCAGUCAGCGGAGCCUGCAAAGGACAUGUCUCAUGCUGUAUCUUAUACUAAGAUUACCGUGCACGGCUACUCGCAGCCUGUACACGGGACUGGGGACAUCCAGAAAAGUAAUGGACAUCGUCGAACCUCGAGCAGAUCAGUGCAAGGUGAAUCUGCGCUUUUGAGUUUCUGUCCACAAUCAACCAGUGUCGCAUCUGAAUGGCUUGAUGGUUUACUCAUGCUUCUCAACCAGCAGCCUAUAACUGCAGAGACAAACAAGCUUAUAAGUUUGGUCAGCGAUUACGGGCUCAAGAUCCGUUUGUUGAAUGUCCGCUUUGACGAUGUGGCCUUUGCGGGUGAAGCGCCCCAAGUUCCCACGCGAGAUGGCCUUGAUGACAAUUACUACUAUGACGUCUUUGGUGGCUCAUAAUAGCGAGCUCCUUUUUGACACUGGCACUGUUAUAACAUAACAAAUACUUGCGAGACAUCUCCAUCCAUGUGGAGGGUGUCUUGAGUGACGAUAAUGUGGAUGUACAGGGGCUACCGACUCGGUUGGAAUGUUUACGAGUACUCUUCGGCGAAAUCAGCUGCUAGAACACUGCAUCUUAUAUACUCGAACUAAUAUGCUCUGUAGAUAGGGAAUAUGUGGUAUUUUUUUUUUCUUUCUUUUCUCCCUUUGUCCAUGAGCUUUUUCCCAUCGUCCAUUGCGAUUGUCUUGUGUAAUUCUCAGUUUAAUCUCUAAUACCUGCAACUGAG